UGACGCCCGUCAAACAUUCCCAGAGCCGCUGACGCGGGCGGUUGGGGCUCCCGGUACUGCAGAAGCCGCUAGGGAGAGGGCGCUGGGCCCUGGUCUGCGGGUCGCCACUAUGUAUUCCUCUACCUCUCCAACGAGCACCCGCAAGCAGGCCAUCUUUGCUGCGAGUCCCAACUCACAACCAAGGAAGUCCAUCACCUUUACCCAAACCAAAACAAGCAUAGGGAAAGGAUAUCCUGGUGCAACUCAAAGCAGAAUGGGCAUGUCAAGAACUACUGUUUCCGUGCCGGGGAUGAAGCCGGCAGAAAAACUGAGCAUUCUGGGCAUGAAGACAGUACAGGUGUUUGAUGCAAGAGGAGUUGAUGUUACUCCCCGACCUCUCUACCGUCCAGAUCCACAUACUGGAGCAGCAAAACCAAGUAAACUCUUGACGUCACAAGAAGGAUCACUUGGAUCAGAAUUUAUUUCUUCCUAUAGCCUGUAUCAGAAUACAGUCAACCCUAGUAUGCUAGGGCAGUUUACAAGGUCAAUCAUGGGGAACAGCACACAGUCGAAGUCCAGUGUGUCCACAACUGAAUCAAUAACAGAGGACCUAGAAGAACCAGCUUACAAGAAGGAAAGGCUGGCUAGUUUUGCAGAUGUGCGAGUUCUGAGGACCACACCUGAAACAGCUCUAACAAAGGAGGAGCUGGAGAAGGACAUACAGAUCAUCCUUACAGAGACAGAAAUGCUGAGAUUUUUUGAUCUGCCAACAGUCACGUUCGCAGUAGACUCCGAAGAAGCUGAGAAAAUAGUAGAGAAAAAUGUGAAUUAUGAAGUCCUUUGUAGAAAUAGAUUGGGCAAUGACUUAUAUGUGGAAAGGAUGAUGCAAACAUUUAAUGGAGCACCAAAGAAUAAAGAGGUUCAGUGUGAAAAAAUUGUAAUGGAAGAAAAAGGCAUAAUGGCCACUGCCUGGGAUUUGUACGAUUCUUUCAACGAUCCCAGAAUUCUAUCAGCAAAACCAUCUACAGUUGGAAGUAAAGGAAGUUUACUUGCUAAAGACCAGGACCAAAAUCUAGACGGAAAUGAAACUAGUUCCCUAAUGGAUAUAGAAACUGUAAUUCUGGCUAAAGUUCACGAAGAUGAAGAAGACCAUUCAGAGGCAAUACUAAAAUCUGAGAAGUUUCAGCAAGACUUAUUUUUUAUGGAAAGGGUUUUGAUGGAAAAUGUAUUUCAGUCGAAGCUUGCAUCCUACCGUCAACUCCCUAUUUUAAAAGAACGUGAACCUGAAGAGCCUGAAGAAGUUUUGGAAGAAGAAGUACACGAAGAAGCAGAGGAAGAGAUUAAGAGGGAGGACGCAGAAGAAAUGGAAAUGGAACUAGAACUAGAGAUAACCACAGAGCAGUCAACAAUACCGGCCAAUUUGGAACGGCUCUGGUCUUUUACCUGUGACUUAACUAAAGGCCUUAAUGUGAGCAGCCUUGCCUGGAAUAAAGCAAAUCCAGACCUUUUGGCUGUUGGCUAUGGGAACUUUGGAUUCAAAGAGCAAAAAAGAGGAAUGGCUUGCUGCUGGUCAAUAAAGAACCCCAUGUGGCCAGAGCGUAUUUAUCACAGUCCAUAUGGAGUUACCGCUGUGGAUUUUUCGAUCGGCGCACCUAAUCUGCUAGCAGUUGGCUACCACAAUGGCACCAUUGCCAUUUAUAAUGUGCAGAGCAGCAAUAACACUCCAGUUCUGGACAGUAGUGAGUCACCUCUAAAACAUUUGGGACCUGUUUGGCAAGUGCAGUGGAUAGAACAAGACAGAGGAAAUACGGGGGACGACAAAAGAGAAAUCUUGGUGUCUAUAUCAGCCGACGGAAGGAUCGCCAAGUGGAUUAUUCGCAAAGGACUGGAUUGUCAUGAUUUGAUGCGACUGAAGCGAACUACUGCUGCAAGCAACAAGAAGGGAGGGGAGAAGGAGAAGAAGGGCGAGGCCUUGAUAUCUCGACAGGCUCCCGGAAUGUGCUUUGCUUUCCACCCCAAGGACACGAAUAUCUAUCUGGCUGGCACAGAAGAAGGCCUUAUUCACAAAUGUUCCUGUUCAUACAAUGAGCAAUACCUGGAGACCUAUAGAGGACACAAGGGUCCAGUGUAUAAAGUUGUAUGGAACCCAUUUUGUCCCGAUGUCUUCUUGAGCUGCUCUGCAGAUUGGGGUGUCAUGAUCUGGCAUCAGGAGAAUGUCAAGCCGUUUCUGAGUUUUUACCCAACUACUUUUGUUGUUUAUGAUGUCGCCUGGUCUCCCAAAUCCUCCUAUAUUUUUGCUGCUGCAAAUGAGAGCAGAGUAGAGAUUUGGAACCUUCAGAUCAGCACUUUGGACCCUCUGAUUGUGAAUGUUGCUAACCCUGGAAUCAAGUUCACAACCAUUCUCUUUGCCAAAGAGACAGAUUGUCUUCUAGUGGGAGACAGCGAUGGGCAGGUUGCAGUCUAUGAACUGAGAAAUAUGCCCACUGCUACAGAUGGUGGCCGGGGAGAUGUAAUAAACGCUCUGCUUGGACCCAAGACAAACUAACCAGGAUAAUUCAUCAUUCUUGUUACAGUUUGUUUUUGUUUAAGUAAAAGGGAAUAACAUUAUAUACUGUAAGCCAAGAUUUUAGUUUUAAGGGGGCAAUAUGUAGCCUAGACCCUCCAUUUAAAUUACCUUAGUUUUUAUUUCAGAAACAUGUGGUUAGUUUAUAAUCUAAAAUAGGCUAAAGAUUUCUGUUGGGAUUUUCCUCUCUCUCUCUCUCUCUCUCUCUCUCUCUCUCUCUCUCUCUCUCUCUCUCUUGUUUUUCUAGACAGCCCUGGCUGUCCUGAAACUCACUGUGUAGACCAGGCUGGCCUUGAGCUCACCGAGAUCCUCCUACCUCAGCCUUCCCAGUGCUGAGAUUAAAGGCGUGUGCCACCAUGCCCAGCUGUGGGUUUUUAAUUUUCUAAAGCUAUUUCUGUUCCACUUCUUGUCAUAUUUGAAGUAUCUAUUAGCAAAUACAUAUACCUAUAAAAUGUUCAAUAGCUUAGAAAAUGAUUUCUUUAAAAUUUAGCUAUUUUUAGAAUUACUUAAUCUGCAGUUGUUAGAAGAUAAAAUUCCAGCAACUAUCAAAUCUGCUUCCCAAGCUCUGCUUUUGAGAUUUACAAUCGCACAGCCACUUUGAUGAGCCCAGUGAGUUCUCAUACCCGACUUGGAACAUCAGUGCUGUCUUCCUAAAUCCGAGCCCUGAAACUAGAAAACUUUGUCAGACUACUACUUGGCAAGGUGUAGGAUGGAACAGCAAAUAUCAGCAUCACAUUGUCCGGCUAGCUAGCAUCCCAUUCCACGGCGGGGUGGGACACACACGCGCACACACACACACACACACACACACACACACACACACACACACACACGACACCAAUCUCAAAUACAUUGUUACCUUCCUCUGAAAGCCCAGAAUCAUCUGCAGUGAAGUUUCAGCCCAGACUUAAGUUGUCUCAGCAAGAAAAUAGAAGGUCUUUGACUGCGUCAGGGAGUUUUCUAAAGAGUCCUAGAGAGAGAUUGGGCAGGAAGGAUGGAAUACCCCAGACACACACACAUACCCACUGACACAGACUGCUAAGAGGUGGUUCACGUGGGUCCUCAACAAGUGUUCAUGUGUUAAAUGAGGCCACAGGGCAUGGAAGCCUGUUCUGUAAAGUGUUUUGAGUGGAGAAAAGAGGCUGGGUGUGUGAAGCUCACAGAGACUCUGGAGGUCUUUUAUGUCUAUGCUAAUGACAAGAGUCCAUAGCAGUGAGAACUGCUGAUGACCAGCAGCCAUUGCCUCACCAUCUCCAUGUUUGGGGAUCGAUCCAUUAAACAAAAGCAAGGCAAUUUUUAGGUGGCUCUUGGGUUUAGGUCAGGUCAUAAUGAUUAGAUGUUUUUCUGCUGGUCUAAGUCAUUGUGGUUGUCUUUCUGAACGAUUGAACUAACUGUGUUACUUUGAGUAAGAAAAAAAUAAAAACUUAAUUUAGUUGAAAAAAAUGUAUUCCUUUUCAUUUUAAUGCUUUUUAAAAAUGUACAU